AGUCAAAUUAUGGGACCUCAAACCGUUCUUUUCUUUUCAAGGAACUGUAUUUUUUACAAAUUCACUGAUUCACACUCGCACGCAAACCCCUCACACCCUUUCCAUUUUCUCUCUAAUUCCUUCACACAAUGGCCAAGCUUCAACUUCUUCUCCUCACACUCUUUUGCGUUUUCCUCCUACUCCCUUCCUCAGCUUUCGGAGAUUGCACAUGUGACACCGAGGAUGAAGGACGUGACAAAACCCAAGCUCUCAAAUAUAAACUAGCUGCUAUUGCUUCCAUUCUUGUAGCGGGUGCAAUUGGGGUUUGUAUUCCAAUACUUGGAAAGACCAUACCAGCUUUGCGUCCCGAGAAGGACGUCUUCUUCAUCAUCAAGGCCUUUGCUGCCGGCGUGAUAUUAUCGACCGGGUUCAUCCAUGUUCUCCCGGAUGCUUUCGAGAGCUUGACAUCGCCGUGCCUGAGUGACAGCCCGUGGCAGGAUUUUCCAUUCACGGGGUUCGUGGCGAUGGUAUCCGCCAUCGGGACUUUGAUGGUUGAUGCCUUUGCCACUUCGUAUUAUAGAAAGUCUCACUCCAACCAGGCUGCUCAAAAUGGGGUUGGAGAUGUGGUGAUGGAAGGAGAGCAUGAGGGCCACUUACACGUUCACACACAUGCUACUCAUGGUCAUGCUCAUGGUUCCAAUUCCUUUGUUGAUAACUCGGCUUCAUCAGACCUUAUUCGGCAUCGCGUUAUAUCGCAGGUUUUAGAGUUGGGGAUUGUGGUACACUCAGUCAUAAUUGGAAUUUCUCUGGGUGCUUCUGAGAGUCCCAAAACAAUAAGGCCUCUUGUAGCUGCACUGACCUUUCAUCAAUUUUUUGAGGGCAUGGGACUUGGUGGAUGCAUCUCUCAGGCAAAAUUUCAGAACAGAGCUGUUGCAGUUAUGGCAACGUUCUUCUCUCUUACAACCCCAGUUGGGAUUGCAAUUGGAAUAGGAAUAUCUAGUGGUUACGAUGAGAACAGCCCCAAUGCUCUAAUUUUUGAAGGUAUUUUUAAUGCGGCAUCGGCUGGGAUCUUAAUCUAUAUGGCACUUGUAGAUCUUCUUGCGGCUGAUUUUAUGAAUCCAAGGGUGCAAAGCAAUGCAAGGCUUCAGAUAGGAGUAAACGUAUCACUUCUUCUAGGGGCCGGUCUUAUGUCUCUCUUGGCCAAAUGGGCUUGACCUAGGGGCGACGCCACCUUAAUGCCAGGGUGGUCCCAGGACCACCCUGACCUUACAAAAAAAAAAAUUUAUAUAUAAUAAUUUAAAAAUUUUUAUUCGUCUAUCCUUCAAAAAAAAUUUGGGAAUACCCUCAUUUUUUUAUGUCUAUAAAAUUAAAUUUUGCUCCAUAAUUUGUUCCACAUUCAGUGAAUAAAUGAUUGCUUGGUUGUGAAUAUUGAAAAAGAUGCAGCUUGUAGCAUUGAUAAUAAGAUUAUCAUGUAACGAU